AUGAUUGGCCGCAUGGAUCCUAAAUCUCAUGACGUCAUCGUUGAUGACUUGGAUUUUUCCACAAUGCCUGGUACUCAAACCUGUAUUCAAAACUCUCGUUGGACUGUUGUAAACUUAAAAAAUGCGUUUCAAGCCGAAGGUCCUUGGGAGUUUGUACUGGGCAACAAUUCAAGAUCCUACCUUAACCUCAAGCGAACCUAUCUAGUCUAUACCUUUAAUAUUACCGAUCAAAAUGGUGCUAUUGUGACUAUACCUAAUCCCAUCACUAAAGAUAGUUUGGUUUACGCCCCAAUCAACAAUAUAGCACACUCUAUUGUUAAAAACUUUUCUCUUCACAUCAACUCCCAACUGGCUUAUCAUAACUUUUCAAACUAUGCUUACAAGGCAUAUUUUGAGAAUGCACUAAUGUAUGGAAAAGAAAUUAAAAACUCUACUCUCACUGCGGCAGGAUAUUUCCACGAAGAUGAAAUUGGCUCUCCGGCAAGUAAGGGAUUCCUUAAUCGCUGCGGUACCGGAACAACGCAAGUUGCCGCAAACAUUUCUCUCGAUUUGAUGAACCAACCACGGGUUUUGCUAAAUUCGUGUAAUGUGAAACUGACGGCAUACCCUAACAAUAGUGAAUUUUUGAUUGAGGCUUAUAAUCAUGGUCAACAAAAGUUUAAAUUCAACGUCACUGAUGUUUAUGCUCUUGUCAAUGAGUAUUCAAAAUAA